UCCGCCCCACUUCAAGCGAUGGCAGCCCAAAGCACUGUCGACCGCGUCCGGGCAGCAUCCAUUGUCGCGCUUUCCCGCCUCCCGCCGCAGGGCACCAAAGUCUGCUACUUCGCUCGGGGCCAUGCCGAGCAGUGGCCUGGCACCGCCGAGCCGGAGGGCCACGGCGUCCCCUGUACCGUCGCUUCCAUCAACUACUUCACGGACGGCGACGAGCCUUGCGCCCGGAUCUCCCUCCAGCCUCAGCCCGCAGCCGACGACCCGCCCGCGGCCGACGACCACAACCCCGCGCCGCCGCCGGGCAGGUUCCUUUUCUUCGCCAAGACCAUACAAGAGUCCGACAAGCAAAGGUGUUACCUUGGCAUCCCCAAGGCGUGCGAGGCCGUGUUUCUGCCGUUCCAGGCCGGGCAAAACGAGCAGCAGCUCAAGAUCCAGGACAUCAGCGGACACUCAUGGGACAUGGUGCGCAAGAAUGAGGGCACCAAGCGUUUGCUCAAAGGACAGUGGAAGAAGUUUGUGGAGCACAAGGGCGUCAAAGUGAAGGACACCAUCCUGUUCGUCAGCUGCCCCCCCGACGGCGAGAUCCUCGUCGACCUUCGUCUCGCCGCGCCGCACAACAUCGCAUGGGGGGUUGAAGAGGUUGCGGAGGCGUCGCAGCUGGCAAUCCAAGGGAACGCCUUCACCGUCACCUACUACCCAGGGCGGGGCGUCGAUCCAUUCAUCGUGCCGCGAGCGGUGGUGGAAGCUGCCGCUGGGACCAAGUGGGAGGUGGACAUGCCGGUCCGCCUUCGGCCCAAGGACGAGGUCGUGCAUCUCCAGGAACAGGAACAGGGGUCGGCGGCCGGCGUGACCAAGACGGGCACCAUCGCUGCAGUCAACCCAGGGACUACAUGGCGUAAUCUGCAGGUGGAUUGGGAUGCCUCCACGUCUUCAACACCUGCUGCUGCAAUCAACAUGUGGCAAGUCGAACCCCAAGGGACUCAUGAUGCCAAGAGACGCAGGAUCUCCCAUACCGUGCCUCCGGUAGCAUCGACAUGAAAAGGAAUCAAGCUGUUUGGUAGCAUUCUCGCUUCACAGGAAAGUGGUUCUAAGUAGUGUAGCCUCAUCACGGCAAGGAGUUGAUUGGACCACAAAAAAAAAACCUUUUUUGCAGCUUAAAUUCAUCGCAAAACUCCUUUUACUGGUUCCGGUAUGUACCGGCGAACCAUUUGUCGUCCGUCCUUUGAUGGUCUAUUUAUCAUUUGUCCAAAUGAAUGCCAAAUAGCCUGAUGUAUUCAGCAUUAUGUCACUUCAGUGUGAAACUCCUUAUUUCAGUGUGUUUAUUUUGAA